UUGAAGCUCUCUUGGAAUCUGAUUCACAGAAUAUCUUUCAUAGUGAUCACUGCUGCCAAGCUCACUAGUUGGUUAAACUUAUUUAAAAAAAGAUGAUAAAGAAACUCAUUUGGGAUAAGAAGGAUAUUGAGGGCCGUCAACCGGUUAAAGGUGGUGAGAAACUCUACCCAAAUUGCGAUGCUAGCGUUUGGACGCGAUCUUGUGAGAAGGAGAUCUUGCAGCCAAUUGAUGGGAAAAUCACAGGAUCAAUUCCCAAAUGGAUUCGUGGAAGUCUAUUGCGCAAUGGUCCAGGAAACCUAAAAUUCGGCUCCAGCACAUUUGAACACCUCUUUGAUUCGUCCGCCUUAUUGCAUCGCUUUGCCAUCCAGGAUGGUACCGUAACGUACCAAUGUCGUUUCAUCGAAACUAAUGUUUUCAACAAAAAUCGUGCAGCUCAGAGAAUUGUAGUUACGGAAUUUGGUACAAGAGCUGUUCCUGAUCCUUGCCAGUCAAUCUUUACACGCGUUGCUUCGAUCUUUCAUCCCGGAGAGAUUGGAUCGGACAACGCAAUGAUUACGGUCUAUCCAUUUGGAGAUCAGAUGUUCGCAUUCGCUGAGACUCCUGUAAUGUUCAGAUUUGACGUAGAGAGCCUUGCUACUGUGGAAAGAGUUAAUCUUUUCGAUAGGAUAGGGAUUGUCCAUCACUCAUCUCAUCCUCACAUUAUGCCGGACGGAAGAGUUUUUAACCUGGGACUUUGUGUUACUGGAAUGGGUCCAAAGUACAGUAUACUUGAAUUUCCUGAAGGCGAAAAGCAGUGGGAGAAACCAAAGAUCGUUGCAACUCAACCAACAAGGUGGAAGUUACAUCCUGGAUAUAUGCACACUUUUGGGAUCACAGAGAACUUCUUCGUCCUAGUGGAACAGCCACUUAGCGUAUCAGUUAGGAAUAUGUUAGUAGCUCAUGUUAAAAAUGAACCUAUGAUUGCUUCCUUCAAGUGGUUCGAAGACCACAACACCCACAUCUAUCUUUUAGAUAGAGAAACAGGAUCUCUCAAACAUACUUUCUAUACCGAUGCCUUCUUUUUCCUCCAUGUGAUUAACUCAUUUGAAAAACAUGAUCAUCUCGUUCUGGAUAUUUGCUGCUACAAUGAUCCGAAGAUGUUGGAUUGUAUGUAUAUUGAAAGCCUAAAACAGAUGCAAAGUAAUCCGGACUAUGCUAAGAUGUUUAGGGGACGCCCAUUGAGAUUUGCACUACCGCUAAAUACUUCCAGGAUCCCCUCUCUAGGAUUACUAAACAAAGUUUUCAGAAGAAGUGGUCAGAAAAGCGAAAAAGAAAAUCUUGUCACUUUGCAAACCACUCAAGCAAAGGCUUACUUCAAAGAAAAUAACAUGAUAUUUUGUGUUCCUGAACUCCUAUGUGAUUUGGGAUGUGAAACUCCAAGGAUCAAUUAUGAAAAGAAUAGUAGGAAGGAGUAUAGAUACUUCUACGCAAUUAGUUCAGAUGUUGAUGCGAACAAUCCGGGAACUAUCAUUAAAGUUGAUGUGAUCAACAAAACUCGGAUCACUUGGUGUGAGGAAAACUGUUAUCCAAGUGAACCUGUUUUUGUGGAAGCACCAAAUGCAACGUCUGAGGAUGACGGUGUAAUUCUUGCCAGCCUAGUUUGGGGUCAAGGGGAUGAAAAUCAUGUAGGACUCAUUGUUUUAUGUGCUAAAACGUUUACAGAACUAGGACGCUCGGAGUUCCUUACUCCAAGUCCGGUACCGAAGUGUCUUCAUGGAUGGUUCGCUUCGAAAAAGUAAUGCAAUGUUAAAUAGACAUAAAGAAUUGAUUUCUUACAUGCUUUUAAAUUUUCUUUAAAUGGAUUUUUAAUUAGUUAAGCUUCUGCGUGAUAAGAAAUUUGUUAGAUAUUGCGCUCUUAUAUAAAUAAAAAAAUUUAUAUGCUUGAUUUAUAAAUCCGUAGUGCGUUGUCAGGAAAAGUUUAAAAAUGAAGAGUAUCACAGUCUUGUUUAUUGUUAUUCCCUGUAUAUUGGGUCAGAUAUCUGGGGAAGACACAAAAUUCGGCCAAUACUGGAUAUAUAAUUUAUCUGUAAAUUCUACUAAUGUUCUUAGCAUUAUGAAGGAUUUCAAAAUGGACAGUGAUGGUGAUAUUUUCUUAUCGAGAACCGACAACAUUAAAGAAACUGAAGUUGUAGUAGCUUCUCAUAAAUUGGUUGAUUUUGAGAGUAUCUUGCUGAGGAAUGGCAUCAAGUUCAAGAUAGUGAAAAAGAGUAUCCAGCAACUGAACCAGGGAAAAAGAUCUUCUAUGUUAGGUUUCAUAAGACAAUAGUUGAAAAUUAAAAACAAAGGCCUCUGAAUUGCCUUAUUUAGGAGACUUGUAUAUUAAAAUUUAGAGGGCUUGUCACUGGAGACUGUUGAGAAAAAUAAAAAGCUGUUUAUGCUGAUUAGAUAA